AGUGGCAAUUUGCAUUUAGGCAAGAACAAAUUUUGGAAAUAUAGGAAGAAAGAAUUGCAGAAAAAUAGUGGAUUAAUUACUAUAUUCUUCGAUUUCUGCAACAUUGACUUUAGGAGCAUGUAUUGUACACUCAAAUCUGAGUAAAUUUGUAAAAAAAAUAAUUGACAUUUUAGCAGUAUUCAAGACAAGUGGACCAAUGCAGUUGAAAUACUGAGCCAAAAACAUGUGUGAAUUAUUGUACAUUCAUCUCUCAGUCUGCAACCUAUGCAGUUAUGUUGCUGCAGAUUUAUGAAUGUAUAAAAAUAUUUUGUCAUUUUGCUUUUUGACAUUUAUAAUGCUUGGUCUGAACCUCAACCAUGUGACUAAGUAAUCAAGUUCUUGAUUGUCCAAACACUACAUAUCCUUAUUUUUAUCAAUUCCUAGGAAGAAAAUUAUUGCUAGGAUGGUAGAACCUAGCUACAGUACAGCUAAUCAAGCUUAUUUUACAACAUAUUCUUGCAUUGAAACAAACAUUGGUGAACUUACUUUCAGCAAAAAAUUAGUGAAAAAGUUGGAAAGGAUUUGAAAGUGGUAGCAUUGAAGCGCUUACCAUUAUGCCAUGAGAAGCUCGUUGAACUCCGACUAGGAAAUGGAGGGAACUACGAGCAACAUUACUAGUGAUCGGUAUGCAAAGAUCAAACAAGGUUCUUGGUUCAAUCAAUUCCGGGACGGCUCCAAUCCUUGGAUGGCAAGAUAUGUGUAUGGUUUGAUGUUUUUGGGCGCGAAUUUGCUGGCAUGGGCUGUUCGUGAUUAUGGCACGAGCGUUACAAAAGAAAUGAAGCGAGUGAAAGAUUGCAAUGGCGGUGAAGAUUGUUUGGGUACUGAGGGGGUUCUGAGAGUAAGCUUGGGUUGUUCUUUGUUCUAUUUUGUAAUGUUUCUAUCUACAGCGGGGACUUCAAAGUUGAGUGAUCGACGAGAAAAGUGGCACUCGGGGUGGUGGCUAGCCAAGAUUGCCAUGCUGCUUGCACUAAUCCUACUGCCCUUUCUGCUCCCUGUGGAGAUCAUUUCAAUCUAUGGAGAGGUUGCACAUUUUGGAGCAGGGGUGUUUUUACUAAUUCAGUUGGUGAGUAUAAUCAGUUUCAUCACUUGGCUUAAUGACUGUUGUUACUCUGAGGAAAAUGCUGAUAAAUGCCACAUUCAGGUGAUGAUAUGUUCUACGGCUGCAUACAUUGUGUGCAUACUCGGGAUCAUUUUAAUGUAUAUUUGGUAUACACCAGAGCCAUCUUGCCUUCUCAAUAUUUUCUUCAUAUCUUGGACUCUAGUACUUCUCCAGGUUAUGACCAGUGUCUCUCUCCACCCAAAAGUGAAUGCUGGUUUUUUGACUCCUGGUAUCAUGGGACUUUACCUUGUGUUUCUCUGCUGGUCUGCCAUCAGAAGUGAACCACCAGAAGAAAAAUGCAUCCGAAAGGCGAAAGCUGCUACUUCUAAAGGAGAUGUGCUCACUAUCAUAAGCUUUGUUGUGGCAGUCCUCGCGAUCGUGGUUGCAACUUUUUCGACAGGAAUUGAUUCAAAAUGCUUCCAGCAAAAGGUGCAGUUCUGGAAGGAUGACAAACAGGAUUCAGAAGGAGAAGAACACAAGCAUGUCCCAUAUGGUUAUGGAUUCUUCCACUUUGUCUUUGCAACAGGCGCCAUGUACUUCGCAAUGCUGUUAAUUGGCUGGAAUGCUCACCACUCCAUGAAAAAGUUUACAAUUGAUGUUGGCUGGACAAGUACUUGGGUGAGGAUAGUGAAUGAGUGGUUAGCUGCUUGUGUUUAUAUAUGGACGUUGAUUGCUCCACUUGUAUGGAAGGCGAGGCACGUGGGCGAAUCGCGGGUGUGACCAAUGUACACCAUUGUUGGCGGAUGGCAUGGCUGUCAGUUUGAUGGAAGCAGAAGAGUAUCUGCAGAUUCAACAGUGAUCAAAAGCAUUGGGAAGCAAUUAACAUUGUACUGUGGAACUGAUCAUUCGUUUGAUAUUUUGGGUGAAACGAAAUGAAAUCCUAGUAAAAUUAUGAAUGCCCUGGUUGUUUGUCCACCCCAGAAACACAUCUAAGAUACCUGUACAUACCCUACUGAAGCACCGGUACAGAUUAAUCCUAGCAUCCUUGUUUUCUUUGACAUGUAAAACAGUAGGAAAAAAAAUGACAAAAUAUUCAUGAAGUUGGUGUUGAUGUCA